GGGGGCGGGGCGGAGCGCGGCGCCCGCGCGGCACCAUGGGCUGUGGUAAAAUGGCGGUGCGCACGAACAUGGCCGGCCAGGCGCUACGCGACUUGCUGGAUGCGGAGAGCGCGGAGGCCGCCAGCUCUGAGCAGCCACAAAAUGAAAAUCAGAGCCAGAUGGAUUUGUAUGAUGAUUUAAUCAAUGAUAUAAUAGGAGUACCUUUAAAUAACGGGAUCAAACCUAACAUUUGUAAUCUCCGGCCACAGUGCUCAUCAAAUAAUAUUACUCUAACUACUGCUCAUCGAUGGAAAGCAACUCCACCCAAACGUACAGGCCAGAAUAAAGUUGUACUUCCUGAGAAGAAGACUUUGCUCAUUGGUAAUCUGACAUGGUGGACAACUGAGGAGGACCUGGCAAGCUGCAUUCGCUCGGCUGGAAUAUGUAAUGUUGAUAAAAUCAGAUUUUAUGAAGUUCCAAAAGGUGGUCAAUCGAAAGGAUUUGCCAGAGUGGAUUUGACCUCGGAUUGGGAUGUCAACAGAUUGUUGGAAAUGCUUCCAAAGAAAAAGGUUCACGGGAGGGUUCCUGAUGUCCGGUACCUUAACAUAUCAAACCGGCAGUAUUUUGAAACACAGUUCAUAAAUGCAAUGGAAAAAUCCAAGUUGCAUUCAGCAGAGAAUGACAUUUUUGAAGGUUAUGACGGAAAUGACAACGAAUCUGCAUUUGAUUCUUCAAAAGAGAUGGUUCAAGAUGAUCCUACGGUUGAAGACCAAAUCCUUUCACCUUUCGUGCAGCCGAUGGGUUCACCCAUUGACCACAGACUCCAACCUGGUUCUACUAUUUCUCCAAACUUUGUGAUGCAAGAUUUCAUUUCGCUGGGCGUUUCUACUCCUGGGAACCCAGCCCUAGGUAUUGGUGAAUACAGACACAUUCAGACAUUGCAAACGGUUUGUGGAGUUCCUGCAACCUUCUAUCCACCAUUCAUCACCAGCCUCUCUGCUAUGGAGCACCAGAAACCCCCACCUAUGUUUAAUCCAUGCUAUCAAGAUUACAGAAUACCUGGAAGGGAAGCAGAUCUUCAGGUAACACUUCAAAGCAGGCCGAUCACAAAAGAACUCGAGACAAAAGAGCUUAUUUUAACCAGUAAUAACAAGAGCAAAGAUGACUCAUCGGAAGAUUUUGGGAGUCUCCUUCGGCUUGUUUCUUUCGUUAAAAAGUCAAAAUCAGUUGCAAACGAUGAGGACAACGAAACGUUAAAUUGUCCUGCAAAUCAGCGGCAGGAGGGAGAAACUAAAAAGGUUUCUUCAGGAUUACGGGAGCAUGAAUAUUCAACGCACAGAGAAAAUCGCAGAUCUGGGGAGAGAAGUGGAUCGGUGAGAGAACGUUCCAGGAGUCCGUGUUCCAGUGAUGGCCAUUAUCAAGAGAAUAAAAUGGAUUAUAAUCAAGAUAGGCAAAAACCCCAUCAAAGGCUUCGUUGUGAAUAUUCUCCUCAUGAAGAUCACCACUCAGACAGAAGCCAAGAUCACAGAGACAGCUUUGGCCAAGAAAGUGCUUGUGACUCUACCAGAUACCCUUCUAGAAAUAUAGACUCUUGGAGUGGUUAUUGUGAAAAGAGUGGAAAAGGACAAGAUUACAGUCCAGAAAAAUAUUUUGGCAGAAAACAAGAAAAGGAUAGAAAGUACCAGUUUUGAUGGUAUGUGUGUUGAUUUUGUCAUUUUGGACAAUAUGUUAUAUAUAGUAAAACCAUUGAAUAUCUUGUAAAUGAAUAUACACACUGAAUAUCUUGUAAAUAUGUCUACAGUGAUGACUCAGUCUAGCAUCUUCUACACAGAAUUCCAGCUGAAUAGAUUUUCAAAUCAUCUUUAAAGGCACGCAGCCAAUAAUGCCUCUGUUAUAAGAUCAAUUGUGUAAUGUUGAUGAUUUUCAUGAACAUGCUCCAUAAUUAUUUUACGUCUAAGUCGGCACCUGCUGUCCAGGUCCUUAAAUAUAGGCUGGGAAUGUCGAGUGCUAGGUCUCUACCAACAGUUUAUUUACAACUGCACAGAAAACAGGCCAUUCAGCCUGAUCAGACCAUGCUUGUGUUUAUGUUUCACUUAAAUCUUUUCUUGUCUUAUUAAAUCUCUCAACAUCUAUACUGUACACUUCUGAUUCUCCCGACAGUAGCGAGUUCUGCAUUCCCACCACUCUUUUGGUACAGAAGACUUUUUUAAAUUCCCUGUUGGUGUUAUUGUAGCGUUGACCAUUAGUUCUUCUUAGUGGCAAAAUCAUAUUCUCUAUCCAAAGUAUUUCAGAAUUAAACAAAAAACCUUUUCAUUUGGUCACCUCUCAACCUUUUUUCGUGAGAAAUGCGGUCCAGUUUACACUUCCUUUGCUGAUAUAUAUUCCUUCACCUUUCUGGUAGUCUUGUAAAUGUUCUCUGUAAUCUUCCAGUGCCUCAAACCCUUUUUAAUAAUAUGACAAGAACUGUACAUAGUACUUUAAAUGUAGUCUGACCAAGGUUUCACGCGGGUUCGGCAAAACCUCACUACUCUUAAAUCCUCCGUCUGUCAAACAAAACCCUUUUCACUUGUUUGCUUUUUUACUUUAGGGUGUUGCUAAGCUGCGGUGCUAUUCUUAUUGAAUACCAAAACUAUACCCCACUUAGAGACUAGUAUCUUUGGGGGAGUAAGUGACCUGCCUAUAGAUACUUACGUUUAUAUCGUUGGAACUUAUUUUCCAUGUUUACUCGUACACUCUUGCAGUCUUUCUCAGCAUUGGAUAUGUAAUCAACUUGAUAUCAAUCAGAUUUAGAAACAGUGUCUUUGAAUUCAGAGUCUAAAUUCUCGAUGUAAAUCGUCAACAGCAGGGUCCAAGUAUUCCACCUUCCACUGAAUAACUAACCUUUGCAAUGCUGCCUGACCGGCUGAGUUGCUCCAGCACUUUGUCUCCUGUUGUGUAAACCAGCAUCUGCAGUUCCUUGUUUCUACAUCAUGCAAUUACUCUUUCUCUCUGUCCUGAAGUUAGCUAGCAAUCCAUCGCGCUGCCUGUCCUCGAUUUCUCAAUCUCUGACUUUGUUCAUUGAUUCAUUAUGCUGUAGCUUACCGAAGAUUUUUUGAAAUUUACGGUAAAGUGUAUCUUCUUUAUUGCCAUUGUCUACUUUCUCUGUUACCUCAAAUUGUAAAAAAAAAAUCCUUUUGAAGUACUUGUUGAAUUUCACUGCAAUAGCUCUAAUUUCUGGACGUUCUUCUCUUCACUGUGGCAGGAAAUCCUUAUUUUCCCGCCUCUGUCAGGUUGAGCUAAUGGACUCAAGUUCGGGUAUUGAUUUCGAUUAAUAAUGCAAAUCCCCCAUUGUGAAAUAUUUAGUAUGUUCAAAGUUGCCCAGGAGUAGUGGGAAGCGAUAGGGAGAUAGACCUGGGACAUCUGGAGCGGAUGAGAAAGCUUUGAGCUGGAGUAAAUAGUGGUAGAAAUGUAGUAAAUACAUGGAAGUUACAAGAAAAUAUGGUCAUUUGGCUCAAUGGUUCAUGUUGGCAUUUAUCUCUUAGUAAAUAAAUAAUCACAUUCGCUGCCCUGUUCCACCAUCUCUAAAGUUUUAAAUUUUGAUUUAGUUUUGCCUGCAUUACUGUUCUUGAGUGAUUCCUUAGCAGUAUGAUGAAGAAAUGAAAGUUGUUUGUUCUCACCACUGCAUGUCUUGUAUUUAAUUUUGUAUUGGUGGCAUUCUGUCAGAAACUGUUCUGUCUAUCUGCUGUUUCAUCCUACUGUAAUGUUAAAUACUUUUUUAAUAUGAAUUUUUGUGAUGAAAGCUA